AUGUCUUUUAGCUUCGGCUUCUCCGGCGAGGACAUAGAAGAGUACCCAAACGACGUCACCCCUCAUACACAAGAGCAAAACGUGUCGAUAGCGCAUGUGCCGCCACCGAUCGAGGCGAGAGCACAUGACUUGGACGAACUGCUGGCCAGCCUGCCGGAUAAACUCUCCUUCUCGACCCUAGCUCUCACAUCACCAAAAGGCUUCAUAGCCCGCCUCCCGCGGCGCGAGAUCUUUGAUGUCCGCGUGCAACUCAUGGCCGAAGAUGACGGGUCCCAGGAAAACGUGCUUGCUGGCCUUGAAAACACGGAUCUCCAAACAAACGUCUAUGAAGGCGGCUACAAGACCUGGGAGUGCAGUCUCGACCUUGUCAAGUUUCUUCUCGAUCGUGGGCCCAGGAAAGAUCUCGACGACCUUGUCCGCGUGAACCACGUCGUCGAACUAGGCUGCGGGUCUGCUGUUCCCUCUCUCCUCCUCUUUCAGUAUGCGUUGAAAAAUCAGUUGAGCAUGAUCUUCACUCUUGCCGACUACAAUGCUGACGUCGUCCGUCUGGUUACACUACCAAAUCUUGUCCUUGCAUGGGUAGCUACACUAUCACCAGAGCAGAGCGCCAAACUGCUGCCGCACGGCAAUCCACUGUUCGACGAAGAGGAGGAGCAUGGUGAUCUGUACCUCACCCCUGAGUUAUUGACCGUUUUCAAGCAGCAACUUCAACAAACGGGUCUAACGCUGAACUUACUCUCUGGCUCGUGGACGCCCACUGGCAAGUUUCUAGACCUAGUUCCCUCAACGCCACAAUUAGAUACUCUGAUACUGGGCUCCGAGACCAUAUACAGCCCUGCCUCGCUCACUGCGUUUGCUGAAACCAUAGUCGCUCUGAUGAGCAGAGUCAAGACGGGCAAAACGAUUGUAGCGGCGAAAAGAGUGUAUUUUGGUGUGGGUGGUAGUGUUGAUGCGUUCAGAGAGCAGUGUGCCAAUCGCAGUGCGGUGGCCUAUGAGAUGGAGUUUGAAGGUCUGGAAACGGGCGGCGUAAGGAGGUGUCUACUUGAGGUGCAGAUGUGUUGA